AUGUCUCAAGACAACCCCACUAUUGUGCUCGACGUCGACGACGAGCAAUAUGAUGCCCGCUCGGAAGUUGGGAGUAGCGUUGCUUCAUCGACCACCAGUGUCCGCAAUUCACUGAUGGACUACCGGGUAGAGAACGGCAGAACCUACCAUCGCUACAAGGACGGCAAAUAUGCCUUCCCUAAUGAUGACAGGGAGCUGGAUCGCCUAGAUCUGCAGCACCAGAUAUGGCUUCUUCUCCUUGACGACAGACUCGGUGUUGCACCACCUUGCAAGGAAGGUGCGCAAGUUGGCCGUGUUCUCGACGUUGGUACUGGCACCGGCAUCUGGGCUCUUAACUUUGGGGAUGAACACCCCGAGGCUGAGGUCUACGGCGUCGAUCUCUCCCCUACCCUGCCUGGCUACGUACCACCGAACGUCACGUUCGAAAUUGACGAUGUUGAAGAGGAAUGGACUUGGAGGCAGCCUUUUGACUAUAUCAAUAGCCGAACCAUGACGGCCAGCAUUGGCAACUGGGACACAUAUCUACGCCAGUGCUAUGACAACCUUGCUCCAGGUGGUUGGGUCGAAUUACAGGAAUUCGAUAUCGUUCCUAGGUCUGAUGACGGAACCCUCUCGGAAGACAACACUCUCUUGAAGUGGGUCAAGCUUCUAAAGAGUGCUUCAGAGACACUAGGUCGCACCUACGUCUCGCCCCCGUCGUUGAAAAGUCUUCUCUCUGAGAUAGGUUUCGUUGACGUGUCGCUGAGCGUCUACAAGUGCCCACUUAACUCAUGGCCCAAGGACCAGAAGUACAAAAAGCUUGGCAUCAUGUCGUGCGAGAACCUUCUGGCUGGUAUAGAAGGGUUCACUAUGGCAUCUCUAACGCGCGCUUUCGGUUGGACGCCCGAGGAGGUCAACGUCCUCUUGAUCGAUGUGCGAAACGAGAUCAAAAACAGAAACAUACACUCGUACGCGCCAUGGUACUGCAUCAUCGGGAAGAAGCCGGAGAAGGAGCCCACUCCGGCUCCUCCGGCUCCUCCUUCUGCUGAGGCCGCCUCAUCCACCCCGGCCUAG